AUGGAAAAAGCCAUCAAAGCCAUAGAAAAGUUUUUCACGGUGUCUGCUGAAGAAAGAGAGAUAAAAAAAAAUAAAUCUUCAAGGACAUCUGUAUGUUGCGGGGCCAUUAUUUCACUGGACCGGUGCAGUUACAGUGAAAACGUGCAGCCAACAUGGCCGAGAGUUCAAAGUAAGGAGCGCUGCGUCCGGGAUGAAGCACGAUCGCUGGGGCAGCGUGUGGACGGAGAACGAUUCACGGGAGAAACCGGAGUGUCUGCUCCUGACACCGUCGAGCUGAGAGUACCGCGAUUUCACCAAGAGAGGGCAACGUUUGCCAGCGUAGGCUGCAGCUUUGCAAAUACCCUCUCUGCAGGCUUCAGUGUCAGUUUCAUUCCCUUCAGGCAGGAAAGCCCGGCUCUGCAGACGCCGUCAGGAAAAUUUAUGGCAGAAGAUUUGUAUGCCAGGAAAAGGUGGCACAGAGUGCAAUAUCUGACAGAGCAAUUCUGGAGUAGAUGGAAGAAGGAGUAUCCAGCAAACAUCACCCUCAGACAGCGCUGGCACUCUUCAAGACGAAAUGUGAAGAUUGGAGAUAGUGUCAUUGUAAAAGAGGAAGAGAUUCCUUGUAGUGAAUGGAGACUUGGAAGAGUGCUUGGUGGUUGUGAAGAUGAAGAUGGACUGGUGCGAAGAGUCACAAUACAAUUAGGAAAUAAAAAGCUAGGAAAAGAGGGUCAACGACUCAUUAAUCCAUCCAUUCUUGAAUGUCUUGUACUUGUAGAAAACAACUAAAAUGUGUUCCAAUGGAACCAAUUUCUAAACGCCUACCUAUGUGGAGAGUUUAAAGUAUCAGUCUUGAUCUCAGAGUUUGUUAGAAAUACCAACUAUUUGGUUCCAGAAAUUGUUAAUUUAUCCAAAUAUUUGUAUAAAGGUUAUCAUAAAUCAUAGUAAUUUGGUGAGAAUGUCACUGUCUCAGAGACAUGAUUCAUUGAGAUGUUUAUUUUAUAUGUUUCUGUCAUAAAUUCAUGAUUGAGUUCAUAUAGUUGUAAAAAAUUAAGUGAUAAAUAAGAUGUUAAAAGGUAACAUUGAUAAAAAAAUUUGUCUAAAACAUAUCACCUGAAAAUAUUGUUUGAUUAAAAAUUUUGUGCUCUUUAUGUAAGGUUUUAAUUAAUGUAGAGUGUAAGAGCUUAGUAAGAGCAUGACUGCAGCAUUAUGGGUCAGAACCAACAUGGAUGUAGAGAAAGACAUAUGGCCAAAAUAACCAUAUUCUGCAUGUGGUCCAAGAGCUGCACAUGGUAAUUGCUUUCAGUUGUUUUAUGUUGUGUAUAAUGCUGUUGAUGUGCCUUUACAUGGACCGUGUGAUACAUUUUCAGUGAUUUUAUUUGAUUUCAGCACACUUCUGUUGUGCAAACAUGUUUUGGUCCUGUUUAUCAGCGCACACCAGCUUGAGGGCUUUAAAAGACUGAGAGAUGUAUGCUUCAAACCUUUUAUCUCCUUUAUUUUCUUAUAGUUUUCAUGGUGUCUGCUGAAGAAAGAGAGAGAAAUAAAAAUAAAUAUUCAAGGACAUCUGUAUGAUGCCUGCCAUUAUUUCAUUGGACCUGUGUAACAGGCAGAAACCAUUCAAUGUUAUCUCAGUACAUGUCACCACAUUCCACAUUUCCUUGCAACGUAUUCUGCCACAUGACCACCAACUCCAAUUUGAAUUCUUCUAAGACUUAAGAUUAUCAAAAAAUACAAGGGGAUUUUGAUCAACUGUGUAAAUGCACCAAGGAAUGGCAACUGAGACUUAAUUUCGGUAAGUGGGAAGGGUUACAUUUUUGAAAGUAAAAUCAAUGUAAAGACUUUCCACAGUGAACAGCAGAGUCCAGGGAGUGAUGGGCCUUGGAGUACAAGCACAUGGUUCCCAGAAAGUGGGUUCAGAUAUCAGAAUCAGUUUUAAUAUCACUGGCAUACAGCAUGUCGUGAAAUUUGUUGUUUUGUAGCAGCAGUAAAUUGCAAUAAAUAUUAAUAAAAACUAUGAAUUACAUUAAGUAUAUAUGUGUAUAUAUACACAUUUAAAUUAAGUAUGUCGUGCAAAAAGAAAAGAAUAGUGUUCAUGGGAUCACUCUCCAUUCAGAAUUUGAUGGCAGAGGGAAAGAAGCUGUUCCCGAAAUGUAGAGUUUGUUUCUUCAGGGUCCUGUAUCUCCUCGAUGGUAGUAACGAGAAGAGGUCAUGUCCUUAU